AUGAACGUUUUAGUGUACAACGGACCUGGUACUACGUUAGGAUCUGUAAAACACGCUGUAGAGACUCUUAGGGAUCUAUUGGAACCAUACUAUGCUGUUAGCACAAUUGGUAGCAGAGCAUUACAAACUGAACCAUGGGAUACAAAGGUAUCUGCCUUAGUUUUCCCCGGAGGUGCUGAUUUGCCAUAUAUUAAGGAAUGUCAAUCAAUUUUCCCACGCUUCAAGAGAUUUGUGAGGAAUAGAGGUGGUAUAUUCGUUGGAUUUUGUGCCGGUGCAUAUUUUGGUAGUGGUCGUGUGGAAUUUGCUCAGGGAAAUCCUUCCUUAGAGGUUACUGGUGAUAGAGAUUUACAAUUCUUCCCAGGUAUUGCGAGGGGUCCUGCAUUUGAUGGAUUUCAAUACAAUAGUGAAAAGGGUGCAAAAGCUGUGACGUUACGUCUACCGGAUGGUUCAGAGUUUCGUACGUACUUUAAUGGUGGUAGUCUCUUUGUGGAUGCGGAUGAAUACGAUAAUGUAGAAGUUUUGGCCAGGUAUGUUGAGGAACCUAGUGUUGCCUAUUAUGAUGCUAGUACCAAGACAAGAGACAAUGGCCCUGCUGCAGCUCUCUUGUGUUCUGUCGGUAAAGGUAAAGCUUUGCUUACGGGACCACAUCCUGAAUUUAUACCACGUCUUUUAAACAAGACUGACGACCCUGGUUUUUUAAAGAAUGUGGUUGAAGUUUUGUGCCAAUACGAAGAGCAAAGGUUGUUAUUCUUAAGAGAUAUUUUUACCAAGGCGGGAUUCAAUUGUAAUAACGAUUUUAGCCAAGCAAGAGCACCUAAUCUAACACCCUUGUUGGUUUCAUCUGUCCCUCAUAGACAAGAUAUAGUGAACCAAUUCAAAGACUCGCUGAUCUCCAAUGCAUCUAAUAAGACUGCUUUCACUGAAUGUACUGAAAUCGAAUGUGAACAGGACAAAUUCCAGGUCUAUAAUGGAUAUCAAAACCAUUAUGAGACUGCUGCCGGUAUUUUACGCCAUGAAGAGCCAGAUGAAGCUAUCAAAACAAUUAUCUUCCCUGGUGAGGACGAGGUUUUACCGCCGGUAGAAAUGACUUCUAAUUACGAUGUCGCCAAAUAUUUUAGAUAUUUGGAUCCUAAUAAUACAGUGGGGUCUCUAUUACUAUAUGGUGAAGUUGUCACAUCUACGAGUACUCUUUUGGAACAAAACAAAACACUUUUGCGUAGUGUUCCAUCUUGCUCUCUGUUACAUGUGGGGACCAUUCAAGUCUCCGGUCGUGGCAGAGGUGGUAAUGUUUGGGUUAAUCCUAAGGGUGUUUCUGCGUUAACAGUGGCGGUAGAUUUACCAUUGCAAUCACCACUUACUCAGAGGAAGAUUUCUGUGGUAUUUGUACAAUAUUUGUCCAUGUUGGCUUACUGCAAUGCGAUUUUCCAAUAUGGUCCAGGUUAUGAAGAUUUACCAGUAAGAAUUAAAUGGCCAAAUGACCUUUACGCUAUGAGCCCUGCUUACUAUCGUAAGUAUAAUAUUAAAUUACUUGGUAGAGGUUCUGAUAAAUUUUUAGUACCACUAUCAGAAAUUGAUCCAGCAUAUGUCAAGAUUGCAGGUAUAUUGGUGAACACCCAGUUUAUGGUAGACAAGUAUAUGGUUUUGCUAGGUUGUGGCUUAAAUCUCAAUCAUGAUGGCCCUACCACCUCUUUGAACUCUUGGAUUAAAUUACUCAACGAAGAGCGUGAAGCUGUACGCUUAGAGCAUUUGGAGCCUAUUGAGGUGGAAAAACUACAAGCCCUUUAUAUGAAUAAUUUACAAUUGCUGUUGAAAAAAUUUGUGGACUAUGGUCCAGGGCCCAUUUUACCAGAAUAUUAUAACUUGUGGUUACACAGUAAUCAAGUUAUUACUUUGAAUAAUCAUAAUAAUGCAAGAGCAAAAAUUGUCGGUAUCACUGAGGAUUAUGGGCUCUUGAUUGCAAAGGAAUUGGUUUCAGGAAGUAACUCUGAAUUCACCGGCUCCACGUACCAUUUACAACCUGACGGUAACUCAUUGGAUGUUUUCAAAGGUUUAAUCUCAAAGAAGGCUUCGUAG